UUUACCUUUAUUGCGAGUAUUUUCGAAUGAAAGAAAAUUUGUUUAUUAAUUUUCGGAAAAAAUACCCCUUGUUGGGUUUGUUAAUGAUACUUAUAUCAUUAACUUUUCCCAAUGGUGAUGGAAUUGUUGAAGGAAAGACUCUGGGUACCACAAAAACCAUUGAAAAUUUUACACUCGAUGAAUCGACUCAAACUGAUGAACCGAAAAUGUCCACAGAAGAGCAUUCAACUGGAGAAAUGGAAAAAGAAAAUGAUUCUCUGGGACAAUCAACAGAAUUGUCUAAAGGACAAGAAGAGGAUGGUGUUCACCUCGAAGUAACUGAUAAAUUCUCCAUACAAAAAGAAGAGUCUGAGGCUGAUCAUGAGGUCCCUGAUACUAAUCACGAAGAUGAGGAGGAAAACAAUGAAGUACCUAAUGAUCAACAAAUGUUUGAAUCAAAUGAAAUUCCCAAACCAAAAUAUCCAACUUCUGAAGAAGAAAAAGAUACUCUUGAAAAGGACGAAAAACAUGAAGAAAAUGAUAAAAAUGAAGGAAAUGGGGAUGUUAAAAAAGAAGAAAAUAAGGAAGAGGAAAAUGAAGAAAAAUCGAAGGAAGAGAAAACCAAUGAUGGUAAAGAAAACAUCGAAAAACAGUACAAUGAAGAAGAUGAAAUCAAAGACCAUUUUAAUGAUUUUGUAAUAAUGGAAAGUAAGGAAGAUGAUAAAGAAGAAAAGAAGGAAGAGGAGGAAGACAAGGAUGAUAUUGUUAAAACAAAAGUAAAUGAAGAUGAGGGAAAGAAAGUGGAUGAGGAUAAAAUAAUUGGGGAGGAAGAUAAAAAUGAGGAAAAAGGAAAUGAAGAGGAAAAGAAGAAAGAAGAGGAAGUUAAGAUUGAAGAGAAUCUUCCAAUUGUUAAUAAUCAAACGAUUAUUGCAAACAACACGGCAAUUGGAGAAGAACAUAAAUCAAACAAAAAAGAAGUUGGAUUUUGGCAACGUAUAACAUGUCUUCUGAUUGGUUUUAAUUGCCCACCCAAAAAUGAGAAAAAAGAUAAAGAUGUUGAGAAAGAAGUAUCGAAACCUCGAGGGAUUCGUUUACAGCCACAAACUGAUUCAAAGAAUGCUACUCAGGAAAUCACGACGAGUGAAGUAGAUGAAUUGGGAAGUUUAGAAAAGGAGCAUGAUUUGAGUGUCGAAAAUUUUGGUAAUCUUUGGAAUGAUAGAUAUUCUUUAAUUGAAGGAAUGCAACAUUUCAAUGCUACAAUGAAGUUUGGUGCUACAUUCAUUAAAUCUGAGAUAGACGAGUCAGGUAAGCAACACAGCAACAUUACUCAAUUUAAUGCUGAAGUUCACAACUGA